UGUUGUUAACACAAAUGCCCCGGACAGAUAUUAAAUACUCGAUGCUUACACAAUGUCAUGUCGUUUUAAAUACUGCAAUCUAAAAUGGUAUGAAACAUGAGGGAAAUACAUCGAUUCAGCAUUCCGUACACGUUCUCGUGUGUCGUUUUAUAGACGGUUCGGUUCCGCUUAUCGACAGUCGGAUGCUGUGUCUGGGAGCCCCCACCGUCAACUGAGCACGUAAGGCCGGGGAGAGUAGAAUGGACACGGAAGGAGAGAAUUUGAUACCAAAUCGGGACACAUGUUGAGUUAACGGCCCCACUCCACCACCCUUUCCCUCAUAAGCGUUUCUAGAUUUCUUCUUUCCCAGUUGUAGACUAUUGUGUCGGAAGUUUUGCCAGCGACCCGCUUCGUCUUUGAUCUCACAGCCACCCUGCAUUUUUCUGAGACUAUGGAUCUUAGUAAAAUGGCUGUGAGCAUCAACAAGGCCAUCAACACGCAGGAGGUCGCCGUCAAAGAGAAGCAUGCCAGGACCUGUAUCCUGGGGACCCACCAUGAGAAGGGCGCCCACACCUUCUGGGCGGCGGUCAACCGGCUGCCGCUCUCCAGCAAUGCGGUGCUCUGCUGGAAGUUUUGCCACGUUUUCCACAAGCUGCUGCGAGACGGCCAUCCCAACGUGAUAAAGGACUCGAUGAGGAACAAGGCGGACCUCAGUGACAUGAGCAGAAUGUGGGGUCACCUGAGUGAAGGCUAUGGGAAGUUGUGCAGCAUCUACCUCAAACUGCUUAUCACCAAGAUGGAGUUCCACGUCAAAAAUCCCCGUUUCCCUGGCAACCUUCAGAUGUCAAACAGGCAGCUUGACGAGGCGGGAGAAAACGACGUCAACAACUUCUUCCAGUUGACAGUGGAGAUGUUGGACUAUCUGGAGUGUGAGCUCAACCUCUUCCUGGGUGUGUUCAGCUCCCUGGACAUGUCGCGGUCUGUCUCGGUGACGGCGGCGGGCCAGUGUCGCCUGGCUCCCCUGAUCCAGGUCAUCCUGGACAGCAGCCACCUGUACGACUACACCGUCAAGCUGCUCUUCAAGCUGCACUCCUGCCUUCCUGCUGACACACUCCAGGGCCACAGAGACCGCUUCCAGGAGCAGUUCAAGAAGCUGAAGAGUCUGUUCUACCGCUCCAGUAACCUGCAGUACUUCAAGAGGCUCAUUCAGAUCCCACAGUUACCUGAGAACCCACCUAACUUCCUGCGGGCGUCGGCGUUGUCGGAGCACAUCAGUCCCGUGGUAGUCAUUCCAGCUGAGUCGUCCUCCCCCGAGACGGAACACAUGGUGGACCUGGUGACAGAGGACCUGGUGGAUACCGACAUCCCCGUCCAGCCGGCUGCUGUGGUAGAACCCAGGUUCGACGACCUCUUUGGCACGUCCGCCGCCACGGACCCAUUCAAUUUCAACAGUCAGAACGGGAUGCGCAAGGACGACAAGGACCGCCUGAUCGAGCAGCUGACACGGGAGAUCCAGGCACUCAGGGAGGAACUGGAGUCCUUCAGAUUGGAGAGUGGGCGUCUGCGCCAGGCGCUGCGGGGGCGUGUCGAUGAGCUGGAGGCGGAGCUAGCAGAGCAGAGCCACCUGAGGAUGCAGGCGUUGGGAGAGGGCGAGUUCCUGCGGGCGGAGCUUGACGACCUGCGCCGGGUCAAAGAGGACACGGAGAAAGAGCAGCGAAGCCUCACCGAGAUCGAGAGAAAAGCGGUGGCCAACGAGCAGCGCUACGUCAAGCUGAAGGAGAAGUACACAGAGCUGGUGCAGAGUCACGCUGACCUGCUGAGGAAGAAUGCGGAGGUGACUCGUCAGAUGACGGUGGCUCGGGCGGUUGAGGACGAGAUGGACAGCGUGAGGAGAGAGAUGCAGGAGAAGGUCAAGGCUGCCAAGGAGGCCGCGGAGAGACGGAGGACUUCAAAUGAGCAGGAACAGGUGGAGCAGCUGCAGGAGCUGCAGAGAGAGCUGAUCUCCAGCAGGGCGGCGCUAGACACCCUGAAAAGCACCAUGGCCACGUCUCAACAGUCGAGUGAGGAGCUCAGUUCUCAGCUCUCGACUGUGGAAUCGGAGAAGGUGGAGCUGGCGGAAUCCUUGUCGAAGAAAGAGGAGGAGCUUGCAGGCUUGGGGGAGGAGCUUGAGCGUUUUCAGAGCAGCCUGGUCAGUGAGAGGGAGAGCGGCGUGAAGACUGCCGAGGCCCUACAGAACCAACUCAAUGAGAAGGAGAGCAGGGAGCAGGCCCUGGAGAGCCAGCUGGUGGCAGCCCGCUGGUCUGCCCUACAGGGGACUGUGGAGGAGGCAGAGAGGAUAGUCCAGGACUCACUGGCCCAGCUUGACGACCCGGCACACAUCAGCUGCACCAGCUCUGCAGACUACCUGGCGUCCAGGUGUCAGGCCUCUCUGGACUGUAUGGCUAGACUUCACUCUGCCAGAGACGGCUACCUGGCAGACAACACAGGUGUGUCGGAGCUGGUGCGGGCAGUGACCCAUCUUGCCCACCUGGUGGGCGACACCAUUGUUCAGGGCAGUGCCACCUCUCAUAUGGUGCCAGUGGAGCAAGCGGACGCGUUGUCAGACAGUGUGAAGGCGUGUGGGGCCGAGGCCCUGUCCCUGCUGGGUCAGAUGAAGGAGCAGGAAAGCCUGGCAACGGCAGAUGGAGCCAUGCUGAGGGCAGCACUGGAUGGCAUCCUGGCCACCGCAGAGAAACUGCGUCCUCGGGGUCUGGAGCUGCAGCAGGGGGAGCUGGGAGAUCUGGUGGAGCAGGAAAUGGCCGCCACAUCGGCCGCCGUGGAGUCAGCAUCUGCCAGGAUAGAGGACAUGCUCAACAAGUCGCGUGCUGUCGACACAGGGGUGAAGAUGGAGGUCAACGAGAGGAUCCUGGCCUCCUGUACAGACCUGAUGCAGGCCAUCAAAGUGCUCGUGCUGUCUUCCAAAGAUCUGCAAAGGGACAUUGUGGAGAGUGGCAGAGGGGCAGCAUCCAUGAAGGAUUUCUAUGUCAAGAACUCUCGCUGGACAGAAGGCCUGAUCUCAGCCUCCAAAGCCGUGGGCUGGGGCGCCACAGUCAUGGUAGAUGCAGCAGACCUGGUGGUGCAGGGCAAGGGCAAGUACGAAGAGCUGAUGGUGUGUUCGCAUGAGAUCGCAGCCAGCACUGCACAGCUGGUGGCCGCAUCCAAGGUGAAGGCAGACAAAGAUAACGCCAACCUGGGCCGCCUGAAGCUGGCAUCCAAAGGGGUCACACAGGCCACCGCCGGGGUUGUAGCCUCCACCAAGUCCGGGAAGUCCCAGAUCGAGGAGAAAGACACCAUGGAUUUCUCCAGUAUGACCCUCACUCAGAUCAAGAGGCAGGAGAUGGACUCACAGGUUUCUGUUCUAGAGCUGGAGACAAAGCUGCAGAAGGAGCGAGAGCGUCUAGGGGAGCUCAGGAAGAAGCACUACGAGCUGGCCGGGGUGGCCGAGGGCUGGGGGGAGGAGGACGAAGGUACAGGUUGAGGUCUGCUCCCCACCUCUCCUCCAACCACAAGACUAACUUCUCUCUCGCUCUGCCUCUUGCCCCAUUUAUACACUCUUCGGUCUUUCCCUUUAUUUUUAAUAUUUUAUGAAAGCCAAAUAAAAAAGGUGCUUUUUAAAAAUGAUCUUGUUUCCAGCUGCUUCUAAUUGGACAUUGAUGAGGAGGGAAAGUGGCGGGAUGGAUUGACUACCUGCCUGGGCCCCUUGAGAAAUACCACACCAGCUGAUGGUUCCUCUGUCUUCUACCAAGUAUUUAUUUCAGUUCUCCAACGGUUCACUUUAUCCCAGUCGGAGCACCACUGUGGAGCGACCCACCGCGGGCAACAACCAGUUCUUUACAACCAGACAUCCUAGAAUGCAUUGCACAAGGGCCAAUCCCUCAUGAGAGGGAGACUUGACUGAUUGCCACAUAGACCCCUCCCCUUGCCCUCCACCUACCUACCCAUGUCUCAUCAGUGCAACGAAAACAGGCGUGUUUUUCUCCCACUAAUGGUUGUGUUAUUAUUCUAAGUGGUAGGGGUUGUUAACUUGCACCCUGUGUUAGAGGGAGAGCUAACCCCUUCCCUCCCUCACUGCCUCCUCACUUUUCUUUCCUCUUGGAUCCUCUUUUUCCACUCACUGUGAGCUUUUACAUCUCUAGUAGCCCAACCCAAACCCCAUCUAAGCUAUACGCCCACCGGGAUACGGACUUCUGCCUUUUCGCCUCCUGUUUUAAAGACCAUGAUGACUGUUGUUGUUGUUAUGAUUAGAGUUGACUGUUUAGACGCCCAGCUACCCUGUGGAUACCAAAAAGCCCUGGCCCAUUUAAUGGGGUAUAAGUCUGCUAAAGGCACAAGUGUAGCGUGUCUGAGCAGCCAGAGGACUGUUGCUGGAGUUGAAGCUAGAGAUUAAGUUGUGUGUGUGUGUGUGUGUGUGUGUGUGUGUGUGUGUGUGUGUGUGUGUGUGUGUGUGUGUGUGUGUGUGUGUGUGUGUGUGUGUGUGUGUGUGUGUGUGUGUGUGUGUGUGUGUGUGUGUGUGUGUGUGAUUGUCUGGGGCUGCUUUGAGCCCCUGGUUGUGUUCAUUAGGCACAACACGGACGAAAAGGUAGUACCUAAACGUGUCCAAUAUGAAACGCUUGUUUCCGCUUUCUAAAUGGUAUGCUACGCCGUGUCCUAUUGAACAGGACACUGAUCAUGCUGGACCGUUGAUUGGCUGUGUGGCUCUGGGCUUCUUGGUGUCUAGCGUGGCUGGAAAAAGGACUUCCAUAAGCUGAUGUCUGAUAAUUUACUCUUCUCUGAGGCACCCCCCCCCAAAUCUGGUGGGAGUGAACAAGUAAUAAGCAGAAAGGCAGGGAAUUGGAACGCAGCCCUACACACCCACACUGCUGGGUUCUUAUCAGCUUCCCCUGACGACGUAGCUGUAAAGCCUAUAAAGGGAAAUCGACAACUUCCAUCUGUCUACAGUAGCAAUAACACCUGGGCUGUGUUCAUUAGGCACCAAAUGGAAGAAAACAGACUGAAACAGGGAGGGUAUACAUGGACCUGUGUUAUAUGUUACAUUGUCACAAGAGGGCAGUGUUGCACAGCAGAGCUACCACAUUAGACUCUUAUCAUAAAUUCUCCUCGCCUGUCUUGCCAGUGGUCAGUACUGCUCUUCAAUCUGGCUUUAUGAAAAGAUAUGGGAAUACCGUAUGUUGUUGAGUACACCAUGAGUUAGAUGAGUAGGGUUUCAUCCAGUAUUUGUUUUCCUUUCAAAUACUUUAGCUGUGCUUGAUUGAGCUUGCCUGGUGCAAUGGAACCAAUGAAAUAGUCCCAAAUGUACUUCAAAACACGCCCAUCGGGCACUCCAGUCAGGCUCAAUGAAACGCAAUGAUAUUCAAGAAGUAUUCAAAAGAAUGUAUGAAUCCUAUUUGGACCCUGAUCUGGUUUAAUCACAGUAUACUGUCUCUGUGUGUGAUGCUCUUUGAGUUUGUCUUCCUGCGUGUCUUAAUGUCCCUUUGAGGUUUUAUUAUCCUGCUCUGCUUUUGGUUGUUUUCUAUAAAAAGUUGUGACACUGGGUAUUUAAUGAUGAUUUAACGUGUACUUCCUGGUUAUUGACCUCUCACCCUUUGGUUUGUGCCGGUAGUCCAACCAGCUCAGCCAGCCUUUCAAACUGCCGCUCACUGUAGUCGAUGAGAAACACACAGUACUCAAUAACAUUUAAAUAAUGUCUUUGUAUGAUAUACUAAAAACUAUGUAUCUGCGUAGAAUUUUUUCCCGUUUUUGAAAAUUAAAUAUUUCAACUUUUAAUAUGA